UCAACUUGAAUAGAUCCUCGUCCAAACUUUUCACUUUGUUUUGAGCUGCGCUGCCUGAAGACGCUGGUAAACAGGACCCUCAUGUUUGGGACACAGGCUCGCUGUGCACAGACAGGAACAAUGAGUCGCGAGGAAGGAGUAAGGGAGGAUUUCAUCUAUGACAAGAUGCCAACACUGGAGAGAGGUGCCCGUGUGGAUGCCAACAGCUAUUCUGUGGAAGUAAAGACAAGUGAUCUGCACCCAGUGGAGAGUUUUGCAUCCUGUGCCAGCUAUCGGGCCUGGCUCUCCAGUUUCUUCAUUGGGAUGGCUCUUUUGAUUGUUGCUGGCUUCUCCCUGUAUCUGGGCAACGUGUUUCCAGUGGCCAUGGAUUAUUUGCGCUGUGCAGCAGGAUCAAGCAUUCCAGCUGCAAGUGUCAGUUUUGCUAUUGCCAAGAACAGGAAGACACUGGUUUCUGACUACCAAGUCCUCUUUGUGUCAACAUUUGCUGUCACAACAACAUGUUUGGUUUGGUUUGGCUGCAAGCUGGUGCUCAAUCCAACCGCAAUCAACAUCAACUUCAACUUGAUGCUUCUGAUCAUCAUGGAAAUCCUUAUGGCUGGCACAGUAAUCAUCUCCGCCCGCUCCACAGAGGAGUGCUGUGGCCACAGAAAGCCAUUUACACGCAGCAGUCCUGGCUUUCUGGUGAAUAAUGUCUUUCCAGCACGUAUUCUGAAGUCCUAUUCGGUCAUUGAGGUCAUUGUGGGCAUCUCUGCAGUGUUCGGGGGGAUUAUCGCUCUCAAUAUGGAUGCACUUGAUUCGGGACCAUAUCUGUCCGUAACCUUUUUCUGGAUUCUUGUGGCAUGUUUCCCAAGUGCCAUCGCCAGCCACGUUACAGCGGAGUAUCCCAAUAAGUGUCUGGUUGAGGUUCUCAUUGUCAUCAGCAGCGUCACCUCUCCACUUCUUUUUGCUGCCUCAGGCUACCUGUCCUUCAGCAUCAUGCACUUCAUCAGUAUCUUCCAGUAUGAGCAGCCCGCCAGUAAACAAUCUUAUGAUGUACUGCUUCUAAUCCUGAUGGUGAUGCUCCUAAUCCAGGCAUUCCUCACCUUGGCCACCAUUAUCCACUGUGUUCAUUACAAGGCAAAUAUGCUUGCUACCACUGAGACCCCCUCCUCGGAGGUCUCAAAUGGCACCAUGAGGGAAUUCGACAAGGACAAGGCCUGGAGGGCAGUUGUAGUCCAGAUGGCUCAGUAAGCUGGGAGGAGUGAAGCGUGGGAAUUAAUGCCUUCUCAGUGUAACUGGCACACUCUUACUCUGUCCUAACUGGCAUGUUUCCUGAGGGCCCAGCCCCAGCCUGCCAUGUAUGCCUAACAAUGCUUCUUCCGAGAGCACUCUUAAUAAAUGCCUUUUAAAUAACCA